AUGUCAGCCUUUGUCGUCAAGCUCUGGGAAGACAUCUUCACCCCGGGCCCAACGCCCACCAUCCUCAAGGCUGCCAACGCCUCCUUCGCCGCCCUACAGACCGUCCUCUUCUGCCUCUUGCUGGCUACAUAUAACAUCCAUUGCGUCAUCCUCUCCGUCCUAUGUGGCGGUCUGUGGUGGAGCGUGAAUUGGUUCGCUGCCGAGCUGGCCAUCGCCCAGCGCGAGCAACGCGAAAAGGAGGAGAGGGAGAAGCAGGAGCAACUGGCAAAGGAAGCCUUGGGAAACGAAGACAACGACGACACUGAAACAGAAGUCGAGAAGCCAAUCCCGAAUAAGGCGCCUCCUAUGGUUUCCGACGUCGCUGCCGCUGGACUCGAGCCCAUCGAGUCCAAGGGUGUGGUGAAGCAGCGUGGUGGCACGACAGGGACACAAUCUAGUGUUAGCACCGAGGAUGAGUGGGAGAAGGUCUCUGAGGCCGAGAACGAGAAGGACAAGGACAAAUAG